AUGGGACAAGAUUAUUCAUACAGCCAGCCUUCCUCAUCAUCAGACUCGAUUGACAUUACCUCCCUUCUUCAAGCAGAAGCUGAGUUGUAUGCGGAUGAAGGUCAGAGUAGCCACAAUAAUCCAGAACCGGUUCAGUACCCACCUCAACCAGAGGCAGAUGAUGGAAUCCAGACGAUAUGCUACUGUGGUGGUGAGCCUGUUGUUGCAACAUCCUCCACUCAUAAAGAUCCCGGCAGGAGGUACUUCACGUGCGAGAAUGUGGAUGAUGGAGACUGCCACAUAUGGAAAUGGUGGGAUGUCGCGGUCAUGGAGGAGAUGAGCGACUUGCAGAGACAACUUAGGCUGCUUAAGAAUCAAGGCAAUGCGAGUGAGAAGAAGCUGAUGCUGCUAGAGAAAAGUGUGUUUGAGUUAUCAAACCAGAAAUCAGGAGUUAAGCUAAUGAGAGUGAGCAGUAGCCGGAUUAGCUUCAAACGAGAGUGUCUCAAAGAAACAAUGUCAUUACUAACAAGCAAUGAGCAAAAAGCUGGGGCUUUUUGGAAGAGGAUUGUACAAUACUACAACGCAAGCCCUUAUAUGGUUGGGACUAUACCUAGAGAGCUUGGGCAGUGCAAGCAGAGGGCACAAAAAAGUGGUCAAAACGAUGAUGAUGUGAUGAGAGCUGCCCAAGAGUACUUUUUCAACGAUCACUCCGUCAAAUUCAGCAUGGAACAUGCCUGGAAGGAGCUGAGGCAUGACCAGAAAUGGUGCUCCACCUAUGUGACUAAGGACGGUGGGAGUCAAAAGCGCAAACCAGUCCAGGCGGAGGUUGAUAGACAAGCGGAAGUGGGAGAACCAGAGGAAAGACCAGUCGGGGUCAAGGCAGCUAAAGGUGUUACCAAGAAGAAGAAGAGUGGUAGAGAAGAAGAGUUGUCACAGUUACAGGGCGUGUUGGAAAAACAUAAGAGACUUUGUGUUCAUCGUCUUGGAGCAAUGGCCGAGGGAGUCAGGAAGAGGUUCGGAGAAACGGUUACUGGCGAGACCAAGAACGCAGCGACCUUGAACGCAAAGACCAGAGCUGUGAUGUUCUUGAUCGGUGAUAACAUCUCCGGUGGUGCUAUUGGAGAAACAGACGUCGCGGUGAAGACACAAGAUCGAUGA